CAACAUCAGGUCAACAUGAAGUCAUUCUCUGCUCUCAUCGCCGUCGCUGGCCUUGCUGUUCAGGCCUCAGCUCACUAUGUGUGGCCCCAGCUUAUCAGCGGCGGUACCACCACCGAUGAAUGGGAUUACGUCCGCGAGACCAACAACUUCCAGAGUCUUGGACCUAUGACCGAUGUCACCUCUACCGACGUUCGCUGCUAUGACUCCACUGAGUCGGGUACGGCCUCGACUCUCAGCGUUGCUGCCGGCUCUACUAUCGGAUUCACCGUUAGCGGUAACCCUGCUAACCUCUACCAUCCGGGUGUCGUAAAUGUAUACAUGGCACAGGCUCCCAGUGGUACUGACGUUGCAGACUGGGAUGGAAGCGGCGAUGCCUGGUUCAAGAUCUACCAAAUAUCUGCCGUUACAGAUGGUGGUUCAACUAUUACUUUUCCCGCGACUGGAAUGUCCUCGGUUACUUUCCCGAUCCCGUCCGAGCUUCCGUCUGGCCAAUACUUGGUCCGCAUUGAGCACAUCGCUCUCCACGUGGCUCAAUCAUACGGUGGUGCACAGUUCUACAUCGCCUGUGGUCAAGUCGAGGUCACCGACGGCGGAAGCGGCACACCCGGACCUCUUGUUGCCUUCCCUGGGGCUUACACUGGAUACGAGCCUGGUAUUCUAAUCGAUAUCUACUACCCCAUUCCGGCCAACUACACUCAGCCCGGCCCUGCAGUGUGGCCUGCUUCCUAAACGUUGGUACUGCGGUCAUGCCACUGGCCACAAGAUGCCUUCGAGCACUACGAAGUGAUAGCUGAGAAAGACUCUUUCUUAUGGAUUGGUAUAAUGGGCGACAGGACGUGUCGGCAACGACUACGAUUGAUGUACGAUGGUUUCAUCUGUGUCUUACCGGCUUUCAUGUGAAUCAACCUUAAUCAAGUGUGAACUUGGAGAAUCCAGUUCGAA